UUGAUUUUGUCUUCUCUGCAUCUUGUCUCAACACAGAGUGGCCAUUUCAAUCGAGUCUCAGAUCUAAAAGGCAUACUCCAUUUCUUAUCACUAGCCAAGUUUUCCAAUAUAAUUUUAGGUUUUGUGGAACGGAUACACCAACUACUGUGAUUGAUUCGUUAAACGGAGAGUUGAUGGUCCUAUUUCGGGCUAAUGCUAGAUUUGUAGGUCAAACUCCAUCUACCGGGGAAGGUUUCAAGAUAGGAUACAAAUUAAUUGCAGGUGAUGAUACUGGAGAUGUACCAAAGCUUGAACUAACUGGAACAGGGAUCUGCUCAAAUCAGAGAUUUAGAGAAGGCAUAUAUUGUAUCCGGGAAAGUAUCCGCUACAAUGGUAAUCCGGUCUACAAGCAUAUGACCCGGCCUGAAUUCUUAUAUUUCAAAAAUAACAACUGGGUCGUAGGACCCGAAAUCGGCGGAGAAACCUUUGGUAUUCAGAUAAAUACCAAUACAGGAGACCUGAUGUGCUUUGACGGUGACCAAUGGGUCACGGAGCCAAGUCUUACGUUGGAGGAAUCACAAUUGUGCAACAACAUUUGGGC